AUGUUUGCCGUCCAAAGCGAAAACUAUUUUGUGGACAACUGCUCAGUCAGUGAUUUUGUGAUGUAUCCUUGCGUGGAGUUCAACGUAGAAGCAGCUCCCGUUGCAACAACAAAGUCAUCGGAGAAAUCAAAGAGAUCUCGCACGGCAUUCAGCAGCCAUCAGCUAAUUGAACUUGAAAGGGAGUUCCAUCUCAACAAAUAUUUAGCCCGAACCAGGCGAAUUGAGAUAUCCCAGCGUUUAGCACUCACAGAGAGACAGGUUAAGAUCUGGUUCCAAAAUCGACGCAUGAAACUUAAAAAGUCGGCCAAUAGGAAAGGUGCCUUUGGAGCUCUGACCACGUCUAUUUCGUCCUCUUCCCAAUCGAGCGAAGAUCUUCUGGAGAACGAGCAGAUCGUGGAGCGCCUCCUUAAAUAUGUAAGCACAAAUGUGGAAACAGCUCCACUGCGGCAGGAUGAUCCCGGUGUCCUACAGGAGGGUCAAAUUACACCACCCCAUCAGACCUACGACUACCUCCAUGAAUUUUGUCCUGAGCCAAUAGGUGUUCCCCAACUGCGAUUCAAUGAAUUCGAUUCAAGCUGGGCGAGUACUUUGCUGAGUCUUGAGUCAACAAUUCCUGUGACAGAAAACCUAAUUGAAUCUUAUACACCAGAUCAGCCAAUGCUACAGAAUUUCUGCUGGGACUCGAAUAGUUCUUCUGCUUCAUCGGAGGAUAUUUUGGAUGUUGACUAUGACUUCAUUCAAAAUUUGUUGAAUUUUUAA